AUGCAUUAUGGUUCUGAGAUAUCCAAUAUCUUGUCGAUUGAGGUAAGAUAGAAAGGGACCGCAUCCGACAGUUCGCCUGUAGCUAGCUAGGCUAGCUACGUCGCAUCGUGAAUUCGAGAUGACUCCGAAAAUCGAGAUGAUCUAGUAGUAGUCCUGAGUGAAGUUGUGAGAGACAAUACACAAUAAAUAAAGAUUGAUUCUGAAGAAGAAUACUGAAAUUGGUUCAAAGUAAAAGAGAUAACACAGACAUUCUCCCACCAUGAUUCACAUCUCUUCCUGCCCAAGACGCCAUCUUGCUUUGCUCGUUGCAUUCACUAGUCUGUGUCUUCAAGUCUUUCCAGUCCGCUGCCAGCAGAGCUUUGCGACCACGCCGGUGGACACCGAAGUUGUGGAGGGGCAAGACGUGACCCUUCAAUGUGCCGUGGACAAUCUUCAAGGUCGUAUUAUCUGGUCCAAAGACGAUGUUUUACUUGGAUCAGAUAGAUCACUACCAGGAUAUGACAGAUAUACAGUGAAAGGGGAUGCUACAAGAGAGGGUAAUCUAGAAAUCCAGAGAGCUGAUAUCAGUGAUGAUGCUGAAUAUAGAUGUCAUGUGACAGCAACUGAUGCUACACAUCAGAAUCUAAGAUCAGAGCCUGCUGCUGUUAUUGUGCUAUUACCACCUGACCCUCCGGUUAUUGAUAAUCAGGCCAAUGGGUCAAGCAUCACCAUCCAACCCCCUGCAACAGUCACUCUACCAUGCAGAGCCAACAAUGGCAAGCCAGCACCGGUCAUCACCUGGCUCAAGGGAGGGGACGAUCUGGCGUACGGGAACCCAGAGGUGGUGUCGACACCAGCCGGGGAUCCUACUGGUAAAAGAGUGAAUGCAGUCAGCACCCUAACACUCAACCCUGAGAAAGAGGAUAAUGGUGUAACCUAUGCCUGUAAGGUGUCUCAUGGAGCCCUUUCAUCUCCUCUCUUGACCUACGUCACCCUCGAUGUCCGAUUUCCACCAUCAGCGCCUGUCAUCUCAGGGUACUCGGCAGGUACCAUUGUUAAAACGGGGGACGUGCUGCUCCUUCGUUGUACUUCUCUUGGAGGGAACCCACUAGCAGAGGUGUACUGGUAUAAGAACGAUGCUAGGAUGGAUUACUCCUUCAUGACGGAUGGAGUCAGUGCCUUCAAUUCUCUGCCUCUUGAUGUCGACUACAGUGAUAAUAACGCCAUCUACAAAUGUGUGGCUACCAGUGUGGUCCUGGCCGAGCCUAUGAGUACUCAGAUACAACUUAGUGUCAACUUUGCCCCAGCAUAUGUGAAUAUCACCGGUCAUGAGAAAAUGGUUCAGUCAGAUGCCACGCUCACACUUAAAUGCACAUCAGCCAACAGCAACCCGGCGUCUUCCAUCUCCUGGUUCACCGGCGGACGUCAGGUCCACACUCACGAUGACGUAGUGGUCGAAGCCCCCAAUGGAGGCUUCGUCACCUCGCAGGAACUGACGAUCACGAUGACGGCCGAUACGGACAGCGUAGAUUACAUGUGCCAGGCAACCAAUCAGGAGCUUUAUGAGACCACUUCUGAUACGGUGACUGUCAAUGUGAUGUAUCCCCCAGAAAAUCCUGGAAUUACCGGCUAUGAGGUUGGCACGGAAGUCAAAGCCGAGAACCUUCUCCGUCUGGUGUGCUUUGCGAUGGGCGGCAACCCUCUCGCCACUCUCGUCUGGUAUAAGAAUGGAGAGGUCCAGGAGGCGGAGACCGGAACCCAAAGCAUUCUUUCCACCAGUACGCUGAGGAUAAUCUUGGAUGAGACGGACAACGGGGCGGUGUAUUCCUGUAAUGCUUCCAACGAGGCCACGCCUGUUCCUCUACAGGCCAGUGUUACCCUCAAUGUCCUCUUCCCACCCAGUUCCGUUACUGUGAGUGUUGACCCACCUGAAGCCAAGGAGGGUGAUAGUGUUACGGUGACCUGUGAGACGGCAAGUAGCAACCCAGAGUCUGAGAUCUCAUGGUGGAGAGAUGGUGUUCCAAUAGAAAAUACUAACAACAUAAGUACUGAGGUAUUAGAUGCAGAAAAUGGAGGCAAAAGGACUCGUAGUCGUCUCCAUCUUGAAUCUGUCACCUCGGCCAACAAUGGGGGUGUUUACCUUUGCCGUGCAAUGAGCGAUCUUGUUGUCGAGAGCGUCAACGAUGGUGUCACACUUGAUAUCAAAUUCAAACCCAAGAUAACCACCCCUACUGGAAUAUCUUUGAGCAGCCAUGAAGUUCCCGGUGACUUGGCUCUCAACUGUUCUGCCGAGGCCAACCCUCCCGAUGUCACUUUCACGUGGAACAAGGACGCCGCCGAGAUUAACGUCGCUGAGACGGAACGAUAUACGCUUGAUGAGGAAGGAUCGUUGCUUAUUCACAACGUGUCGCGAGAGGAGGCAGGGACGUACAUGUGUUUAGCAAGCAAUUCGGAGGGAGCAAGCAAUAUAACAGCCACCCUAGAUGUGCUUUAUUCUGCUAAGGUGACCACUGGAGAGGCAAUCACCAUCACCCUCAACACCCCUGGAGAGCUGGCCUGUGAAGCGGACGCCAACCCCAAGCCAGCAGGGUACAUCACCUGGACCAGGCCGGGGUUUGACCUGACAGGUUACGCCCAUGAGUAUGUAGAUGGGCGUGGCAUCAUGAGGGUGGAUAACGUCACCAAGGCCGUCAGCGGGAUGUACCUCUGUCACGCUGAUAAUGGCAUCCCACCAGCAGACACCAAGAAUAUACAAGUUAUCAUUCAGUACCCUCCUGAAGUAGACCACUCCAUGCCAAACAAGGUAGCCAAGAGCACCGGCCAGACCGCCCUCCUCCGCUGCAGGGCUGAAGGAUCCCCUCUCGUCCAGUUCAACUGGUUCAAGGGGUCGGCGGAGGUCAACUUGACCAGUGACCACUACACGCUGGACAUCAGACAAGAUUUGACCUAUGCUAAUCGUUACGAGAGUCGGUUGAUCAUCAGUCAGAUCGAUGAGAUUGAUGAUUACGGGACGUAUGUCUGCAAGGCUUAUAAUGACCUGGGAGAGGCUCGCUUUGAGAUACAACUGGAGAAGACGAGUCCACCUGAAGCCCCAUCUAAUCUUCAAGUUGUUGAAAUCAGCUUUGAUUCAGUCACUCUCAAUUGGACCAAAGGUUUUGAUGGUGGAUUGGAUCAGACCUUCCAGGUCCGCUUCAACCAGAAAGGUGGGAAGCAGUAUCAGUAUGUUGACGUUUCACCAUCCACUUCAACAACAUUCACAGUAUCCAACCUUAACCCCAACUCUGACUACGAGUUUACCGUGAGAGGGCGCAAUGCGCAGGGAGACGGACCGUAUUAUCUUGGAAUCGUGUCUGCCAAGACAACUGUCAAGCCCACAGAGCCUCCAGUUGAAAUUCCAACACGUUUAUUGGUUGGUAACAUCCCUCUCUACAUGGUACUUCUCUUCUCAUUCCUGUGCAUCUUAAGCUGUGUUUUCAUUAAUAUAUUCCUUUGUUGCUGUCUCGUCAAACGAAGGGAAUCAAGAAAGAAGGUCGCAGCAAAAUCUUCAUCGAUCCAGAAGAAGACUGAUGAAGUUGAACUUGUAAAACCAGUUGAGCGCCCUGAGAGUCCUGCUUACAGCGACUCCAACACAGACAACAUGUCUCACCGAUCUGAGCAUGACGAUCGCUACUCGUACGACAAUGUCAGCUACGACAGACGACGCUACGACGACUACAGCGAUGGACGAUCUGAAAACUAUGACCAUUACGAUGACAGACAACCUCCUAUCUCACCUCGUGUGGUCACUAGCCGAGGUGGACCAGGCUACUAUGAGCAUUCUACUCAUAGACCACCUUCCUAUGCUCAGAGCUGGGAUUCUUAUGAAAACCCACCAAGCACUGGUCUCUCUGAAUCCCAGAUCGAUGACAACGAGGAACGCGAGUAUGCCGACAUGCUACGACGUCAGCAGAAGGCCCAGUAUAUGGCCCAUGGGGGUGCUAUCCAGCCCCCUACAGCUCCGAGCCCAGUCCCCAGCAGCCUCGGGAAUUUUGUGCCCCUACCUAAAGGGGGCUCUGCUGCCCCCAGCCAAGUAGGUAGUGAAGAAGGUUACCUGGUGUAGUCCCACAGGGAUGUUGUUUUUCAACUGUCUUGUUUUGUCAUAUUGGUAUUGCCAAAAAGAACCGAUUUGCAUAUAAUCUGUUUUCAAUCAGUACAAAGGAUUCAGUUAUCCAUUGUGAUGUGCUCUUUCAUUCUUUUUUUUUUACUGCCGAAAAAGGGUUGAUUAUCAUAUGGAUAAAGUUCUGAUCAGGACAAAUAAAGUUCUACAUAAAUCUUGCCAAAAGGGUUGAUUUUUAUCUUAUGCUUAAAGUUCUACUUGGUAGAGAGAAAAAAAAGGUUGAUCAUUGGACUACCCCCUUUGUCUUAAAACCAUUGUAUAGUAAUGUAAUUAGAACAGAAGUGUGAAAGGUGGAGUAUGCCAAGGAUUUGUUUUUGUCUUAGUGUUUUUUCGGCAUAGCAUGAGACAUCAGUAUCUCAAGAACAUCCUUUUACAUUCUAGUUUAUUUCAAUCCAGUUUUGCCAAACGGCCUUGAUCUUACCGAUGCAGAAAGUUUAAUAAACCUUGCCAAUCUAGGUACUAACUGAUUACAUUUGACAACAGUACAGAUUUAGUUGGUAGCGAGGAUCAUUAAAAGUUUAUCAAUAUGGGCAGAGAUCAGUACCGGCUGCACAGGAACCCUGUUAGCACUAACGGUAGGCCCAUUCACAUCUUUUAAAUUGUCCUGUCAAACGUUGAUUCAAGAUGUAAGUAACACAUUGUGAAUAAAGGCAUUGCUGUGACAUCACAUGGGUCCGUUUCAUAAAGGACUUACAACUGUUGUAACUUUGCCAUAAUGGCAACUACCAUGGCAACAGGGCUCAGCAGCCAAUCAUAAUCAAGGUAUCAUGGUAGUUGCCAUAAUGGCAAAGUUACGACAGUUGUAACUAUGAAACGGGCCCCUGGUUGUAACAGGGUCUCUCUCGGCGUAUUGUUAAGUCUUACAACAUUUCUGUGCGCCCAGUCUAGAAUGUUACCUAAUGACAGGACUACCCACUUGAGUGUGAAAGGAAGUUCGCCUUUGAGUCUUCCUGAAUUGCCUUGAAAUGUACUAUAGAAUUUAUUAAUGUGUUCAUAUAUAUGCAACCUUGUGUAUUGUAUUCUAUGUCAACAUUCCUAUACAUGUAACUGACUAUUUUGUGAAAGCUUCUUGUACUUUAUACAGAACCAAAGACAUGUAUGUACUAGACCAAAUUAUAGCCCAGUCUGUGUCAUCUGUAUUCCAACAUUAUCAUAGGAUGACUUAUAAAUGGUUAACCUGUUGAGUACUGAAUUUUAGGAUUUCUAUUGCAUUGUCCUGGGACCAUCCGGUUCCAUUAGGCAAUGGGUUAAAGUCACAAGAAUACAGACAAAAAUCUCUGUAGCUGAGGAUCAAAGUCUCAAGAAAAAGAAGGAAAAAAAUCUUUGUCUUGUUGGGUAUUAGCCAACUUGUCACUUUUUUAAAGAACAUAUUUUUGAUGUUAUAUUAGUUCAAAUGACUGAAUGAUGAAAAAAUGUCUAUCAUUAACCUUUUGAACCCUGAAUUAUUAGGGGCGGCGGUGAUCCAUACCCUGAAUUAUUUGCACGUAUCGACCACAUUCACAAACUCCCAUGAUGCGAGAACCAACAGCAUCUUCUCCCCGCUAGUACCCGGACCGAGCCGGCUGAAGUUGUUUACCUUCUCGUAGACCUAGUCUACAAACAGAAAUAUCAACUUUAGUGUCUGUUUUGGGCUCAAAAUCACUGUUUUUACAGUCAGAUAUAUCAAUUGCUUCCCCAUAGUAAGCAUGUGACUUGCCGCGUAUUACACCGUGUAUUACCGCACAUACGACACGAGCAACCGCAGAAAAGUGGCAUAUUUUUGCCAUUUUUUAUGCUAAAUCCUUCCGAAAUCAUUGCCAAUCUUGACUGAAAUUAUCGACUAAAUAUUCCUACACGUAUUAGAAAGAUGACGUCAUUUUUAAAAGAUCACCUGACAUUUAGAAUCCAUGUUUUUGAAGUCACAUGGCUGUAGGCCGAUCGGGUAUUUGCGCGCUCACUGGUAGGCCGAAUACCGGCCUAUCAGGUUCAAAGGGUUAAGGGGCCAUCAGUUUAGACAUGUUUUUUUUAAAAAGUCUAUACCAAUUGGUUAACUUGAAAAUGGAUUUCGACGUAAGAUGAGUUAUCUCUCUUAUUGUAACCUAGUUGGCUUUGCGUACAGCACUUACAAAUGUAGGUCCUUGUACACAUGUACAAGUACACGCCUGCAUAGUACAUAAUUAUUAUGUAUUUUUACACUAUUGUUUAUUUUCCCUUCGUCUUUCUUUCCACCCCUUUCCCCCUUACAGAAAUGUAAGCAUGCUAUAAUGUAGUAACUAGCUUAAUAGGAACCAGCUGGUGGCUAGUUUAUCUCUUUGGGGCAUGAUUCAUUUUCCAAAGACCCUAGCCAUUGCUAUGUCAGGAAAAGGGCAUAAUGGGUUCACGAGUGAUCGCAAGCUUAUGAACAGUGAAUGCUCACAAACAGAUCACUCAAAAUGUCUGCAUGUCUGUUACAAACUUCAUAGAUUAGCCAUAAGGGCACUGUUACAGAAAAGUUGCUAUUAUAGAAAGUUUGCUUUUCAAUGGUAACUACCACGGUGACGAUACUCAACCAAUCAGAAUCAAGGAUUUUAUUUUCAGGUAAGAUACCAUUGGAUGGCAAAGUUACCUUGUGAGUAAAUUUUAUGCAAUGGGUCCCUGCUGGUUGGCUCAUAGCAUGCUUUCAAUUUCUGUUCUGUCCUCCCCCUUAUACAUGUUUUUAUUCUUUCCCUUUCAUUUUCAUUAUCUAGAUGAUAUUCUAAGUGGAGUGUUGCUGCUUCAGUAUUCUUUCGUAUCUGUAUAUGCAUAAGAAUGUAUAGCUAUCUUGUGUCCUUCCUCUAUGUAUUGUAUGAGUAAAACGUAUUAGCAUACAGAUAUAUAUAUGAGUUGACUUAUGCAGUGUAUUCAGAGGUUUCCAUGAUUUUGUUCUUGUAUAGAAGUGGAAAAUUUGGCAAAGUUUGGCUGCCAAAAGUAGCAAAAACGAUAUGACGGCAAAGAUGUUUGCUUGCUGGUAUUCACUAUUACAGUAGAACUGUAAUAUAUUGCUGAUUAGGUAUUUUGUUAGCUUUGAAGUCUGUGAUGGCGAUAUUGCUCCCUGCAGUUACUAAUUUUCAGAUGAUCAGGUUAUGUUCACAGAUCACUUUUUGAGCUUAGGCUGACUGAUGCAGAGAUAGGUGAAUGAAGUAUGCCAGAUGUUUUUGCCAUGCAAAAAUCAUCGGCUAUUUUCAUAUUGCUGUUCUUUGGCAUUAUUGUACCUUCAAAAUAGAUUACAUAUGAUGUAUACAUGUAUGCUUUUACAUCCUGCAAAACAGUAAUUUUAUCUCUGAUCUUGUGAACCUGUUUAAAUAUGUGUGCAUAAAUAAAUAAAUAAUAAAAUACAUAGGUGAGGCUAAAUUGCCAUUUCACCCCACCUAAUGUACGUGGGGGGGGGGGGGGGGAAGCUUAGCCAACUUAUUUUUUUACACCUAGGGCCAAAGGAGCCAGAACUGUCAAUCAGAGAUAUGCACUCAUAAAUGACUACAAGAUUACAAAAUUAUGUUUGAGAUAAGCAAGCAUUACCUUAGCAAUGGUUGGUCAGAAAAUUUGGCAUGUGUGAAAAGGAAAAAAUUUAAUAUGGAAUUAAGGAUAGGACAGGGUUAAGAAAAUCCAGUGUAAAAAGUGUUAAGGAGACGUACGUUAUGAAUAAUGUGCUAUCAUGAGAGUUUCUGUUUUCCUCUUAACAUGGUAAUGCAUGUAUAUACCAUCAUCUGAUGAAUUUACAUGAUUAGAAUAUAUAUCUCAUUUUCAUUCUUUUUGUUUCAUUAAAUAGGAUGUUUGGAAAUGGUGUUUGAUGCUUAGGCCAGAUUUAAUGAGCUAGAACUGUUUGAGAUUUAUGUCACAAUUGGCUAUCCAUAGUUAAAUCACAACAAUAAGUGACACACGUAAUUAUACAGGUAUAUGUAUAAAAUGAAAUGUACAUUUGAUCUAUUGUUAGCUUCAUCCAUUUUCCCCUAAUUAUGUCCCAAGAAUUGCAAAUGAAUUAUAUUUAUAAUUAAUGAAUUUUACUUAUUGUAUACCAGUAUAUCCAGCAUUUUAAAAGAAAAUAGAAGAAGAAAAAGUAAAAGAAAAAACAGAAAAAGGAAGUUAUUAUUAAUGAGAUGCAUUUAUUCAUCUCAUUAAUUCAUCAUCUAUAAAAGAUGAGAUUUGGAAAAAAAGUGAGGGGGGGGGUUACCUUUUAUUGUGUAUAGUUUUAUUGUUGUUAGUAUCCUUUUAGUAAGAAAAGUUAAAUCUUCAUGCUCUAUAUAUUUUUUUUUAUCUUGCCAGCAUUUAUCCAUAUUUUGUAUCCUUUUUCGUGUAGAUUCAUGAGUUAAAGGAUGUUUACUCUAAAAUAAUGUACUUUUCAUGUAUUUUCAUCACUUGAGUUUUUUUUCAUCCGAUUCAUCCUGUAUGUGCCAAGUAAAUUUUUGCUUCAAUGAACUUGUUUUGUACUUUGAAUAAAAAAUGAAGAUCUUUUAC